CUUUUUCAGAGCGGAGCACCAUGGGUAGCGCUUUGGCGUGUUCCUUGAUUUUGAGGGAUAAAAAGAAACCGGAUCUGGACACCGGGAAGCUAAUGAGAAUCCACUGGAACGGAUUCCAAAACACGGUAGUAGCCGAGGAAUAAAACGACUGGCGAAGAUGGGAAGAGUGGCGUUUAUUCGUUGUGUUUAUCCACACCGCUGGAUGCGUGACAAUUUAUGUUGAUUGUUUGUCAGCUGUCAGAUUACCUUGGCUGUUCGAGGUGGAUUCAUGCAACGACAACAACAACAACAACAAAAAGGGAAGCUUCCUUCUUCCACAUCCAGAGGAUUGGCGGUUGGCCUGACAUCAUUGGCUGGUCGUUGGUGAAUGAAUCAUCGCCUUCAUCGGGGGGGUCAGGGAUGCUGUCACUGUCACUGUAUCCUUAAAAAAAAAUAAUACCUCCCACGUAACACAGACCGACCUGGUCCCCCGGAGUCUCUCUGUUCCGUCUGAGAUUUAAACGCCUGCUUGUUUCCUCGGAGCCAGCAUGGAGGAAAUCCUGCGAAAGCUGCAGAAAGACGCGUCCGGCCACAAGCACAGAGGUAUCCGGGAUGCCUGCGUCUACGCCCGCGAAACGCUGGAGUCUCAGAAUGGAUCCACCAAGGUUUCCCCUUCACAGCUCCGAGAGCGCUGUCUGCUGCCUCUACAGAUGGCGCUGGAGUCCAAAAACACCAAACUGGGACAGGCGGCGCUUACCGGGAUGCAGAAGCUCCUGUGUGAGGACAGGUUUGUGGGCGGGGUCGGCGUGGAGGUGGAGGUUCUGGAGAAGCAGCUGCUCAGCCAGAUGUUGGAGGCCAUCAGAGUCACUCCAUCCCUCCAUGAAGACCUGCAGGUGGAAGUGAUGAAGGUCCUGCUGUGUAUCACCUACUCAUCAAACUUUGACAUCAAUGGAGACUCCAUCCUCCGGAUAGCUGAGGUGUGUAUCCAGACCUACGUGUCCAGCUGUCACCAGCGCAGCAUCAACACGGCGGUCCGAGCCACUCUGAGCCAGAUACUGGGAGACCUGACGCUGCAGCUGAGACACAGACAAGAGGGUGCAGAUGGAGACGAGGUGACUGCACCGCCACUGCAUAGAAGAGACAUUUCUCCCACUAGCCAGGCUCUGUGUGAAGAUGUGGUGACGGUUCUGACUGUUUUCUGUGAAAAGCUGGAGUCAGUGGACAGUGAGAACCAGCUCCUGCAGCUCCUCUACCUGGAGUGCAUCCUCUCCAUGCUCAGCAGCUGCCCUCCCACAAUGCACCUGUCCAGAGGGUUCACCGACCUCGUAUGGAAGCAGCUGUGUCCGUCCCUCGUGGCGAUCAUGGGAAAUCCUGUCAACGACAAAACAAUCGCUUCCCACCACGGCUACUCGAGCGCGUCAGACCGUCUCUCAGAUAGACACAGUCUAGGAAUCAGCCAGGAGUUGGACUCCUUUGGUGGAGGGGUAUCCGAUCAAGGCAGAGGGUCCGGCUGUUCCUCCAGCGCCCCCGCCAGGAUUGCGCCGGUAGUGCGGACCGUGUGCUACAUCGCCGCAGAGCUUGUGCGUCUGGUGAGCUGCGUGGAGUCGAUGAAGCCGGUGCUGCAGUCGCUGUACCACAGGAUCCUGCUGUACCCGCCUCCUCAGCACCGCACAGAGGCCGUCCGCAUCAUGAAGGAGAUCCUGGGCAGUCCCCAGAGGCUGUACGACCUCGCCGGUCCGUGCGUGGUUGAGCCUGAAACCAGGAAGCGUUCCUUCUCAAAGAGGAAGUCCCACCUGGACCUGCUUAAACUAGUGAUGGACGGGAUGACCGAGGCCUGCAUGAAGGGAGGCAUCGAGGCGUGUUACUCGUCGGUCUCCUGUGCCUGCGCUCUCCUCGGGGCGCUGGACGAACUGUCGCACGGCCGCGGCAUUCAAUCUGAGCAGGCUCGGCUUCUCCUCAGACGACUGGAGGAUCUGAAAGAAGGGAUAGAGUCGACACGCGAGUCCAUGGAGAUCAACGAGGCCGAUUUCAGGUGGCAGAGACACAUCCUGUCCUCCGAGCAGGCUCCAUGGGACCCCAGCUCUUCUACCGCCAACGUGGCCACCACCGGGCCCACCGAGCUCGACAUCAGCAUCAGCAUCACCACGGAAACAGGCCAAACCACUGUGGAUCUGGAGGCGGGGGAGCUUGGCGUGGGUCCGGGCACUACUCCUGAGGAGUGUGGGGAGGAUGCACGCCUCCCCUCGGCCUCAUCCUGCGGCAAGCAGGAGGGAAGCAAACGUGAGCCGAGCAUCGAGGCAAACCAGGGGAGCAAACGGGAGCAGGGAGGACGCGCAGUGGAGGUCGAGGGAAGAGGAGAAAAAGAAAGAGUAGGUGGUGGUGGAGACGUUGGUCGGGGAGAAAGAGGAGCUGUGGUUCCUCCAGAUGUGGUGCAGCGAAGUCACGGCCUCGUCUACCCCGACAUCACCAACUUCCUGUCUGUGGAGUCCAGGACCAGACCGCACCACGGAGGAGGGUCACGAUACAGCGAGAGCAACUUCAGUAUCGAGGAGCAGGACUUGUCGCGGACAGAGUUCGACUCGUGUGACCAGUACUCCAUGGCUGCAGAGAAGGACUCGGGCCGCUCCGACGUGUCGGACAUCGGCUCCGACAACGUCUCGCUGGCGGACGAGGAGCAGCAGACGCCUCGCGACUGCCCGGGCCACUGCUCCCUGCGCUCCGCCGCCCUGUCCCUCAAACUGCUCCGCAACCAGGAGGCCGACCAGCAGAGCGCCAGGCUGUUCGUCCAGUCCCUUGCGGCGCUGCUGCCCCGGCUGCUGGGAUUGGCCACCGCCACGGAGGUGGACCUGUCGCUGCAGAACUUCUCCUCCUCCUUCUGCUCCGGACUGCAGGCUGGUGGGAUCCACUCUCCAGGUUUCGAGGCGGGGGACACCCUGAGCUGUCAGUCUCUGAUGAACGCAGACGGUCUCUACCUGGUGUCGUACUACGUUCUUCUGCUCAAUCUCAAACUCUGCUGCUGCGACUACUACAGGAGGCGAACGCUCGCACCCAUCCUCAGCCUGAAGGAGUUUGUGCGUCUGAUCCAGAGCAGCGGAGUCCUUGUGGUUCUCUCACAGAACUGGAUCGAGGAGCUCUACAAUCAGGUGUCAGAGCGCAACCUGCUGGGCGAGGCCGGGUACUGGGGCUCAACGGAGGACCACAAGCUGCCGCUCAUCACUGUGCUGACAGAUAUUGACGGUCUGGGCAGCAGUGCGAUUGGAGGACAGCUGAUCAGGAGAGCGACCAACCAAUCACCACUCAGCUGUGACAAGGCUGGCAGUGACACCGUGAUGGCAGGCGCCGUGUUCUCGCGCUUCAUCCUCACCGGCGUGUGGAAGAACCUGAUCGACGUGCUGUCCACGCCGCUGACGGGCCGCAUGGCGGGCAGCUCCAAGGGCCUAGCAUUCAUCCUGGGAGCGGAGGGAGUCAAAGAGCAGAGCCAGAGGGAGAGAGACACCAUCUGUCUGAGUUUAGACGGCCUACGGAAAGCUGCUGCGCUCAGCUGCGCUCUGGGUGUGGCUGCCAACUGUGCCUCAGCUUUGGCCCAGAUGGCUGCAGCCUCAUGUGUGCAGGAAGAGAAAGAGGAGAAGGAAGUGGGAGAGACGGGCGACGCCAUCACACAAGUGAAGCAGCGCGUUGAACAGCGUCUGGAGCAGAUGGGUCGUCCUCAGGGAGUUCGCCUCCACACGGCUCAUGUGUUGUGUAUGGACGCCAUCCUGAACGUUGGACUGGAGAUGGGCAGCCACAACCACGACUGCUGGCCACAUGUCUUCAGGGUGACUGAAUACAUCAGUUCAUUGGAGCACACUCACUUCAGCGACGGCACCUUACAGCCGUCCUCUUUGACCACCAUCACCCAGCAGAGCCAGCAGGCGGUCGGCGUGGACCUGGGGAUGGAGCUGAGCUGCGAGCCCAGCCCGGAGGCCUCGGAGAUGGGCCUGAGCCAGCCGGUCAUCCAGCCCCUGUCCAUCCAGGAGCUGCUGAGGGAGAGCAGCAGAGGCCGAGGUCUGGACCUGAAGAUCGGCAGCCUGAUGACUGGGACCAGCGCUGCCAAGGCUGUGUGUACGCUGUCAACACAGGCCGACAGGUUGUUUGAAGAAGCAGCUACUAAGCUGAACUUGGUUGGUCUGGUCGGCUUCUUGCAGCAGCUCAGGAAAGCGUCUCAGUCUCAGCUGUUCGACUCUGUUACAGAAACUGGAGACUAUUCACUGGCAAUGCCAGGAGAGGCCAAGUCGACGCUGGACCGGCGCAGUGCUCUCCAUCUCUUCCGUCUGGGCGAGGGCAUGCUGAGGAUCGUCAGGAACAGGAACCGACCUCUGCUCCACAUGAUGAGGGCCUGGAGCGUUGUGGCACCGCAUCUGGUGGAGGCUUCAUGUCACAAAGAGCGCCACGUGUCCCAGAAGGCCGUUUCCUUCAUCCAUGAUGUUCUGACGGAGGUGCUGACGAGCUGGGCGGAGCUUCCACACUUCCACUUCAACGAGGCGCUGUUCCGGCCCUUCGAGCACAUCAUGCAGCUGGAGCUGUGCGACGAGGACGUCCAGGACCAGGUGAUAACGUCAAUAGGCGAGCUGGUGGAGAUGUGUUCUCCUCAGAUCCUGUCAGGGUGGAGGCCUCUGUUCAGCGCUCUGAGGACCGUCCACAGCAGCAAGACCGACACUAAAGACUACCUGCUGGGAGAAUACUCCAUGGGGAAGUCCCAGGCUCCAGUCUUUGAUGUCUUCGAGGCUUUCAUCAACACUGACAACAUCCAAGUUUUUGCCAACGCUGCCACUGACUACAUCAUGUGCCUCAUGAAGUUCGUCAAAGGCUUAGGAGAAGUGGACUAUAAGGAGAUUGGAGACUGUGUCCAUGCGUCGGGUUUCAGCUCCACUGACCUCUGCCUGCCGGCUCUGGACUACCUUCGCAAAUGUUCGCAGCUGCUGGCAAAGAUCUACAAGAUGCAGACCAAGCCGGUGUUCUUGGGGGCGCGGCUCGCCAGCCUGCCAAUGAGAUCCCAGGAACGCUCAAUCAGCACCGAGGACGGGAUGGACUGUGUCCUGCAGGAGUUUGAUGAUGACACGGGUCUGAUCCAGGUGUGGAUUUUGUUACUGGAGCAGCUCACAGCAGCAGUGUCGAACUGUCCCCGCCAACACCAACCUCCAACCCUGGAGCUGCUCUUCACUCUGCUCAGAGAGGUCAUCACUGUGCCAGGUCCGGGCUUCGCCAUCUUCUCCGUCAUCCAGCUGCUGCUUCCCGUAAUGGCACUGUGGCUGCAGCGAAGCCAUGGCGACCACUCCUACUGGGAUGUGGCGGCUGCAAACUUCAAACACGCCAUCGGCCUGUGCUGCGAGCUGGUGGUGGAGCACGUCAACAGCUUCAUACACUCGGAUAUUGGUUACGAGUCUCUGAUCAACCUGAUGUUGAAGGAUCUGUUCAAGCUUCUUGUGGCUUGUGUGUCUGAGCCUGCAGAGACCAUCUCCAGAGUCGGCUGCUCCUGCAUCAGGUAUAUUUUGGUCACAGUGGGCCCAGUGUUCACAGAAGAGAUGUGGAGGUUGGCCUGCUGUGCUCUGCAGGACGCUUUCUCUGUUACAUUAGAGCCUGUCAAGAACCUUCUCGCAUGUUUUCAUAGCGGUUCGGACAGUUUUUCUGGAGACGCCUGCGAGGUGAAGGUGGCGGCUCCGUCCCACUCUCCUUCAGCUGAGGCCGAGUACUGGAGGAUCAAAGCAAUGGCUCAGCAGGUCUUUAUGUUGGACACCCAGUGCUCCCCAAAGACGCCCAACAACAAGGAGGGCUUUGAGCACGCUCAGUCCUGCGUUCUCAUCAUCGAGCUGCCGACCGACCAGCAGUCUAACGGGCACGCUCAGAAGAGGAAAAUUGGUAUCCCGUUCCGGACCAUCGUGGUUAGCCUGUUGUCGCACCAGGUCCUGCUCCAAAACCUCUAUGACAUCCUGCUGGAGGAGUUUGUCAAGCAGCCCGAAGGAAACGAAAAGGUCACACCUGGGACCUCUGACCCCAGCCGGGCCACAGCAGGCUUCCUGCGCUACAUCUCCAUGACUAAUUUAGCCAUAAUCCUGGAUCUGCUGCUGGACUCUUACAGGACAGCGCGGGACUUUGACACUCGGCCGGGUCUGAAGUACCUGCUGAUGAAGGUGUCGGGUGUCUGCGGAGCGGCUAAUCUUUACCGUCAGUCUGCCAUGAGCUUCAACCUGUACUUCCAGGCCCUGCUGUGUGCCACUCUGAGCCAAGCUGACAGCAUGACGGCACAGCAGGUGAAGAGGAUGCUGAAUGAGGAAGAGGAGGGGAGCUCCGAUUCCUCUCACCCUGGCUCUGCUUCCUCAGAGGACGAAGACAUCUUUGAAGAAACGGCACAAGUCAGCCCCCCUCGAGGCCGGGAUAAACGCCAUCACUGGCGAGCCCCCAUCCCCUCUCUCAGCGUGCAGCCGCUGAGCAGCGCGGACUGGGCGUGGCUGGUCAAACGCCUCUACAAGCUGUGCAUGGAUCUGUGCAACAGCUACAUUCAGAUGCACCGCGACCUGGAGAACAUGCUGGAGGAGAUGGCGCUGCAGAGAGGAGGAGCAGGAGGAGGAGGAGAUCAUGUCUUCUUCCUGCCUCUCUUCCAGUCCGAGACUUCCACUCCGACUUCAGCGAGCGGGCUGUCGGCGAGGGGGACGCCAUCAGAGGAAGGCGGGUACAGGUCUCAGCCAGCCGACAGCUCAGCAUCACCAGGAGACACGCCCACACCCAGCCCAGGAUUGAGCAGCACAGGCAGUCUGCCCCACCACAUCCGGUAUGAGGCCGAGAGGAGGGACUCCGGGAUGACCGGAAGCUCUGUAGGAGGAGCUCCUGGCGGCGCUGGACCAGGAAGGAGAAGGGAAUGGUGGGAAAGUGCCGGGAACAAACUGUACACCAUCGCCACGGACAAAACCAUAAGCAAGCUGAUGAUGGAGUACAAACGCAGGAAACAGCAGCCGCAGCAGCAGAGCCACGUCAACCUGUUCAUGAAGGAGCAGGGCCGGGCGGCAGCAGGAGGAGGAGGAGGAGGCGGGGAGAGGAGGGGCCUGGUGGAUCCUCAAAGGCCCCUGCAGAGGCCCCAACAUCUGGUGGACCAGCAGGUUCCCCCAUUGAGGCACUCGGUCAGUGCGGGACCUGAGGUUCUGAGGCAGGAGAAGAGACCACGAUCAGGAUCCACCAUCAGCUCCCACAGCAUCUCACUGAGGGACUCUGAGGCUCAGAUACAGGCGUGGACCAACAUGGUUUUGACUCUCUUCAAUCAGGUCCUCCUCCUGUCGGAUGCCUCGUUCCUGGUGCUCCAGCCGGCGCUCUACCCCUGCCUCAGCCAGCUCUCCUGCCACGUGACCGACGGCCGCGUCCGCCUGGCGCUGCGCGAGUGGCUGAGCCGCGUCGGCAGACUCUACGACAUCACCGUGUGACAUUGCGGCGAGGAGAAUGCAAACAAAAAGCACCGGACGAAGAGCGCAGUCUGUCGGGUCAGUGAAGGACGUAAACAGAUGAAAGAUGAAUUAGAUUGGUUUGAUGGCGUGGCGUGAAGGCGCCGCUGUGCGGUAGAUUGAUGAUGAGUUUGAUUUUCUGAUGAUGCAACGCAAAGGCAGACUGACAUCGUAAUGUAACAGGCUGGUGGAACGAGCUGGACUUAUGAGAAACCUGGUUGGUAGAUGUUAUCAUAUGGAUUAGUGGCACUUUUGAAGAGCGAGGAGGACAUUGAUGCACGUCAUGUGACAUUAAAGGAACAGUGUUUAGGAUUUAGUGGCAUCUAGCGGUGUGGUUGCAGAUUGCAACCAACUGAAUACCCCCACCCCAAGCGUGUCGCAGAAAGGUGGCGAAACGCUCUCGCUAGGUUUGUCCUCUCUGGGCUACUGUAGAAACGUGACGGAAUCAUUCUAAACUAACAAACACCCAACGAUUCUUAGUUUCAGGUCAUUCUAAACUGAUGAAAGCAUAGUUAUGAAUAUCAUAUUCCCUUUUUUCUAAUAGAUCCCACAAAAUGCUCAACACUGGCCCUUUAAGUUUUUGAUUGGCAGAUGAAAUGAUGUGAUGAGAAGAAUGAAGGAAUUUUUUUGUAUAUCAUGGAAAUUCAACACAUACUGUGUCAAAGCAUUUAAAUAUGAUAAGCUUGUUGUCAGUUUUGAAAAACUAAUGCGCUCAUAAUUUUGUCACAGUAUUGUCGUAUCGUCACAAUACGCUUCCUCCAAGGUGGUAAACAAUAACAUUUAAUUAUUGCUUCAUCCUAAUGUGGAUACAGACCUAAAUGUGCGCAUAUGCAAUGAAUUAUGAUUACUGUUAAGUUUAUUUGCAUACUUUUUAAAAGGUACGCUGUGGAGUUUUGUUUUGAGCUUUAUUUACAUUCAGAGGAUCAGUUUCUUAGUACACUACUGCCAACAGCUGUUGGUGAGUUCAAUGACAUAACAUUAGAUUCUUCCAGCCAUUUGUCCGUUACAGCUGUUCAACACCGAAGUGUCUCAUGGCUUCCAUGUGCAUGCUAGGGCUAGUUGAGCAUAAGAUUUAAACAAAACGGAGACUCGAUCAUCAAAACUUAACUCCAUGUGGUCCAAAACUCUGCAGGGUAGCUUUAAGGAAACGUUCUUCUUUCUCUUUUACAACUUGGGGUGUAUUUUCAACUCCGUUUUGGCCAAUAUUACUACUCGUUAUGAGAUAAAGGUGAAUAACAAUAAUGACUCCGCAGAUGAUGCAAUGAGGGAAAAUUGACUACGUUUCAGAACACAACAGAUCAUGAGCAUUAAAGAAAUGCAUCUAGCUAAAAUAAGGUGAACUUUAGGUAUUGUUAUAUUUAUUUCUUCCAAAUCAGAGAGUGAGGUCCGUUCCAUCCGGUAGAGACACGUUUUGCAUUUGAACUGAUUGUACAUGAAUUUUUGUCGCUGCAAUGCAAUUUCUAUAUCAAGCUUUAAAUAAGCAUAUCAUUUUACUUCAACUGAAUGUUUAUUAUUCACUCUUAAACCUUGGAGCGAUCGAGUAUUUAUUUUAACCAAAGUACACAUGCAGUAUGUGUACUUUAAUGUUGAAUGCAUAUAAUAUACAACACGUUAUCUUUCACUGUUUAUGUGUGUACAUGUAUUUAUGUAAAUUAUUUAUUAUUUAAGAUAUUUAAAGUGUCAUUUUGAGCAUUUUCA